CCGCCCCUCAAAGGACCUCUAGCCCGCGCCCCGGAAGUGCGUCACGCCGGCAAAGAUGGCGGCUGCGGCGGGCCUGCCGGGGUUCCUGGGCCGCCUCUGCCGGGUGCUGCUCUUCCUCUCGCAGUUUUACAUCUUGUCGGGCGGUGGAUCCUUGAACCUAGAGCAUUCGCAGCCGCUGGCGCGGGCCAUAAGGGAUCCGGGCGCGACGCGCCCUUUCACAGUGGUUCCCAGGGCAGCAGAAAGCACCGAUAUCCCGCCCUACGUGAUGAAGUGCCCGAGCAACGGCUUGUGCAGCAGGCUCCCCGCCGACUGCAUGGAGUGCAGGACGAACUUCUCCUGUGUCUACGGGAAGCCUGUCACCUUUGACUGCACAGUCAAGCCUUCUGUGACCUGUGUUGAUCAGGACCUCAGAUCCCAGAAGCACUUCGUCAUCAACAUGACCUGCCGGUUUUGCUGGCAGCUCCCGGAGACGGACUACGAGUGCACCAACUCCACCAGCUGCAUGACGGUGUCCUGUCCCCGGGCGCGCUACCCCGCCAACUGCACCGUGCGGGACCACGUGCUCUGCCUGGGUAACCGCACGUUUCUCAAGAUGCUCUACUGCAACUGGACCGGCGGCUACAAGUGGUCCACAGCCCUGGCUCUGAGCAUCACCCUCGGCGGCUUCGGCGCGGACCGGUUCUACCUGGGCCAGUGGAGGGAAGGCCUGGGCAAGCUCUUCAGCUUCGGCGGCCUGGGCAUCUGGACGCUGAUCGACGUGCUGCUGAUCGGGGUCGGCUACGUGGGGCCCGCGGACGGCUCCCUCUACAUUUAGCGGCGUCCGUGCUCCUGGAAGGCCUUGGCCCGGAGGAAGGGUGACACGGUGUGUUUUUAAUGUACAGUAUCUGUACUCGGCCUGCCUCGAUGAAGGUAAAGUUAAAGAAGGAAACACUGGACCAUGCUUCUCUGGAAUUCGCUUUCAUUUGCCUGAAUGUAUUUUUUUUUCUGUGAAAAAAAACGGACUCAUUGGACUAGAGGAACACGCUGCAGCGAUUGGAAAUGGAUUUCAUUCCCAGGGCUUCAUUUUCUGUUGCUCAAGUCCACGUGUACCCCCGGCUCUCGGCCUGCAGAGCCUCUCAGCUGUGACGUGCGAAGUGGGCGGUUCAUUCUUUAGCCCCGUGAGUGACCACCCGCACUUCUGUGCCCCGUGAGUUGUGCGAUGUCGUACAUAUGUCUGGUCUUCGUCUGUGACUGUUUAAAGUGACCUAGAGCUUCCAGAUCUGGAGACUGGUUUGAACCUGAUUAGUGAUGUAAAAGGUUGUGCGGGGACGGAAGAGUUAAUAAAGUUAUAACUGGCUUUAAGAAA